AAAGGAAAUUUUAACCGGGGACGCUUAUCCAGACACUCACUUGAGCCGAACUGUCAACGAAAGUCCACGGACUGCCCAUGGAUCGAAUUGCAGAGACCUACGACGCCUUCGUCAGGUCUUCGCAACAGCACUGCCCUCUCCCACACGGUCUGACGUCUGAAGUAAUGCAUCCAAGAAAUGGGAUGUUUCUCUUGUGAUAUGAAAUAUGCCACUAUUGUAUUAAUCCUUCUGUUUUCACACUUAUUUCUAAGUAGCAUUCGAUAGUAACACAAGGUUUACAACUUGUUUAACAAUUUAUAACAAUAACUCAUUUUUAAUAUUUUUUCUUGAAAAAAGAAUUUCAAUGAACAUCGAAGAGUAGAGGAGGGAACAACUGUCCCUAUGUAGUUUUCGCGGAAGUGAUAAUAAUUCUAGCUUGCUUACUGCUGUGUUUGCUAGAGAAGAAUGUGGAAGUGAAUCGAAGUUAAUGGUAAGGAUGGAACAGUCAGAUGUGGUCAGAUAAAACGGAUAAAACGCAUGCGCAAGGAUGGUGUUUGUAGUUAAAGGUUUCACCGCUAGAUGUAGAUCUGACAAGCGGCGAAGUCCCGCUGAGUACGUCUGGUUGUCAAUUCUGGAUGUUUUGUUGUUGACUUCGACAAGGUGUUUCUCGCAUACUCCUUAUAUGCGUAUAUUAUUUUCUUUGUGUUAUCUUGUGCUUAAAAACAUGAAAUUCUGGUGCUCAGGUUUGUCUAAGUUGUGGAAUUUUGUGUAAAAAGUAUUUAAUUAUUCUGGUGUACCUAACCAAAGUUUUUGACGGGAGUAACUCGAUCCGGCAAAUUGUUCUUUCUUGUUGGUGACUGUGCCCGAUUGUGUAGAAUAUUGUUCCAAGAGAAGAACGAAGCCACAAAAUGAGCCGUGCAUCAUUCGCAGAUCAACAAAAUUUAGUGAAGGAAUCUUUAUUCAAGUUUUUAAGGAAACACAUCCCCAGUGCACAGUUGAGUUCAAUUGAUGAGAUAGUUCUGAGUUAUGUUGUGAGUAUAUUAGAGGAUUUGGGAACAGAAGAAAGUGUGGAAGAUGCAUUUGAUGUUGAAGGAUUUUGUGAAAUGAUGGCAGCAUACUUUCCUGAGUUUUCAGUUAUUCAUCACGGGGCUGUAUGCCAAUGGAUGUUCGAACUAGCAGCUACAUUAAGUCAGAAAAAAAGUAAAGAAGGAAAUGGAGAGUUGAGUGGUAAAGACAUAUCUGAAUUGACAAUGCUUCCUGCCACGGCUCUUACUCGUCAUUCUCGCAGUAAUUCGGAGUCCAAUAAUGAUGUAUCGACAAAGAGAGUUCAUCAGUUAUCAGAAACAAGUGAUGGAAGUUCUGAUGGUAGUGGAGAAUAUUUAUCAGGACAGGAGGAUUCCUAUGUGACGGAUCAAGUAAGACUGCUUCAGGAAAUGUUUCCGGGUGCCUGCAGCAUUGAAGUGCGGCAUUGCCUUACAAUAGCUGAAGGUGACAUGGCUCGAGCUGCACAGUUGGUUUUACACAGGCAAGAGGCUGGGCAGAGCCUUACUUCAAAUAUGGCAGCUUUGAAUCCUGGUGGACAGAGGCAGAAACCAGUUGUGGAUGAUCAGGAGCUGAAAUCUCGAAUUAUUGCUCGAUACAGCUAUGUGGAUAAAGACGAUGACACCAGGGAACAUAGGCCUGUUGGACCAAAAGCUGAACCAAAGAAAUUGGUUAGAUAUCGUGAUAACAAAAUUGUUAGUUUAAAAGGUGAAAGAUUUACAGAAGUUAAAAAGGAUGAAGAUGAAGAUAUGAAGAAAACAUAUGUGAGCAUUAAACCAGCUCGUCAGUAUCGCUUUCAUUGAUGGAUUGCAAUCAUUACUAUGAUUGUGCAAAUAUUUAUUUACAGAAGAUGUAUUGUGAUGGCUGGAUUAUGGAAUACAGAUAUCAUUUGCGAAUGUGGAGAUGAAUAUAGAUGAACGAGAAGCGUUUGUAUAAAUGCCAUGACAAUGAAUUAUUAUACACAUCACGUGGGUGUCACCUGACAGGUGAAUACAUUUGUUUAAAUAGGACACACCCAGUUUUACUUCUGUGUGUAGCUGUGAUUGUACAUGUAUUUGAUUUACUUAAUAAGUUUUUCAUUCAAUGAACUUGGAAGAAUUUUCUUGAUACUAGGAGAAAAUGUUUCAGUUUUUGAUCCUGUUAGAUUUAAGUAUAUGGUAAAUAGUAAUAUUCUGCGUAUAUAGACACAAGGUCCACAUGGCCAAAAUUGUACAAUCUGUGUAUAGGAUAAGUUAUAUUGUGGAGUUCACGAGACAAAAAUGUCAUUCAGAAAUGAUGUAGGUUCUGCCAGUAUUCCUGUUGUUGUUGUUGUUGUUGUUUUCUUUCACAGCUUUUCAGUGUGUGAUUAUUUGUAGUGAUACCUAUCACUUAUUUCUAUAUUCAUCCACAAUGGCAUGUGAUUUCUCUGCUCUAGUGGAAGAGAUAAUUCAAAUGAGAUCUGUGUCAAUGCUCUGAGAAGGGAGGCGGUGAUAAAAUAAGUGAUUAUUUUAUCCAUUUUUAUUGUUUUUAACGUUGAUGAUAUUAAUUUUUCAUAUUUUGUCUUUAGCUGUGAAAGAAGUUGCAUUAUGCUUUUAAUGGUUUUAUUGUGUUCACACAAUUUAUGUUAACUCUUUCUGUUGAUGUUGUGAUGUACAUUUCAAAUUAAAAUAUGCAAUGAACUUGGAGUUAUUUUCACCAAAAACUAUUUUUAGUGAUAUCAGUCACAAGUCACGUUUGGAAACUGCAGGUUAAUUAACUUUGUAAAGCUUAUGUAGGGUGUACAUUUCUGUAUUAUAUACCAUUAUGCUAUUCGACAUUUUUCCAUGAAUUAGUAGAAUAGCAUAUCCAUUGGCCUUUGGAAUAAAAAUGAAACAUUGUGGUUGAAUACUCAUCAGCUUUUCAAUAAAAUGUGUGAGUUAGGUGUGACUGCUUGAUAAUGUAAUUUGUAUUGUGUUCCUAGGAUAUAAUUGUGCUGUUUGAAUUGUAUGUAUCAGCAUGUAAAAAAUGGAUUAUGAUAAACAAUUUAAGGAUACAGUUUGUUUGAAUAUGUUAAGGGAUUUGAUCAUUCUAACUAGAAGGAAGGGGCAUAUCGUUGUUUGUAGGAAAAUGUUAAUACAAGAGAAGUUUCUUUUUGUGUGGAAUCAGAAUGUACAUAGAGAUUGAAAUUUCUUCUACUAUUGAUACACAUGUAUUAAAAUAGUGAUUUUACUACCUACUUGUGAAAAACAUGUUCAAGUAUUCACUUGAAAUAUCAAAGAUUGGACAAAAUUUAAAAAUACAAGUCCAUUUGGUUAGUGAACUUAACAGAAUCUUUCUUGCUUGCCUAGGAUAUCUCUUUCAGUAGAUUAUAUGUUUAGUGCUUGCUAUUAUCCAAAAUUGUGUACUAGUAUGUAUAUAUAAGAGAGGAGGCUAAACAUUCUCUACUUUAUUACUUUUGCGAGCAUACAUUAUGCAGAAUGGAAUAUUUUUAACGCACAUUCUCUUUCACCUCUUAGUUAGCAAAUUUAGUACUGAGAACACAAAAAUGUUUACUCAUGAUGCAGUAAUGAUGGAACGGUUUCCUGUUUGACAAACUUAGAGAAAACUGUAUUGAUGUCUCUUGUUUGAAAAUAUAAUUUGUAUUACAUAUGCAGUUAUCUAGAUCCACAUAGUUGAAUUGAAUCAUGGAAUUUACUUUCCACUCUUUAUUGCUUAUGAGCUCAGGAGAACAAUUUUCUUGUUAAUGAACAAUGUUAUGUAGUUUAUACAAUUCACAUGUACAUUCUGAAAAUGAAUACAAAAAUAACUUCUGCACUGAUUUUGAAAGAACUCGAUCUGUCAGAGCUAAUGGAGUGUAUCUGAUAUUAUGGUGUGCAACUCAUUAUUGUAGCUAUUAAGAAAUAGAUUCAAAGAUUGGGCUGGCAAAUGAAAAUUUGAGUUUCUUAAUAAGUAUGAUGAGUGCCAUUGCACAUGCAUACACAUUGCUAUUUAUGAUUUUUAUAAUUAAUUUUUUAUUUUUAUAAAAUUAUAUCACACGUUAAUUGCAUUCUGUGAGUGGCUAGUUUUUUUUCAGAAGUUUCUGAACUUAGGUGUAGAAUUGAUUGAUUAAGUAGGAAGUAUAUAAUACUUCAAGUUUUUGUUGUUAGUUUUUAUUAAAUUAUUAUAUUUUAACUCACAAAUAUACUUAUAUCAGUAUUUUACUAAUAAUUUAUUCAUUCCUGUUUACCUACUAAUAUUGAUUUCAUACUAUUAAUAUAUGAAUGUUUGUUUCAUAUGUUGUAAUGUCUAUGAUAGGUUAAGAUGAUCGCUCUUUGUGUGUGAUGUAACUGUGGCCUGAUAAGAGAAUAUCAGUAUUUUAUUAUUAGGUAGUAAAGGUUAAUUUGGCCAGUGGUAUUGAGUGUUGUGUGACAAGUAGAUGUUUCAUUGGAAUUUUUUGAAGUGGUUUUGCAGUCUCAUUGCAUAAGCAAAAUGAAUUUGGUUUUUUGUCAUUUAUUCUGAUAAUUCUGUUCUCAAACAAAGAAUGAAGUUUUUUUACUUGAGGAUGUGUGCAUGGCUUAAGGAAGAGCGAUAAACAUAUGACGUUUUCUCCUGUGGUGCAAAAGUCCUUUUUUUUCCGUUCAGUGAUAAACGAAAUUAUUUAUGUCUUCCCUGCUCUCUUGAUGAAUGAAUUGUUUGUGGAAAAAAUGCUGAUAUGAGGAGUCACAUUUGUCCCACCCAAAAUCCUGUGCCUGCAAUGUACUUUCUUCAAAAUUCCACUUACCUGUUUAGUUUCAUUGAUCUAUGCUCUUGAUCUCAAACUUGUGUAGAGAAAUGCUUUUGAAAAAUACUUAUCUUAUUUGCAGUGUAUUUGUUAUUUUAAUAUUUGUUGAUUUUCACUAAAUUCAUUGAUAUAUUCAUUGAACAUAUUCAUUGAUUAGAUGAUGCAUUUGUUGUCCGUGAUUUGAAAUCUUUGACUCAGAUAAGAUGCGAGGAUUUAUAGUAACUAUUGUAUGGACCAAAGCUAUAUUGAUUUGUAUCAAUUAUAUGAAUGCAGUAAGUAUACAAUAUUGAUUGAUAGAUUCAAAAAUGUAUUGAUUUAAUUAUUCUGUUGUGAUGUCGGUAUCAUUUGCAAUUCUCGAGACAUUUGCAUUGCUUUGUUCGUUUUUUCGGAAGACAUGCACAUUGCCAACCAUUGUGUGGUGGUUAAUAUUUACUAUUAACGAUAAUUAAUUAUUAGUGAUGACUGUAAUUGAUUUUAUUGCAUAGAAUGUACUGUUUCACUUUAUCUACAACUUUAAAAAAAUUGGGUAAGAGGUACACAAAUAUUCAUUGUGUAUAAUGGAUUUAAAAAUUCACACUUAAAUAUUUCAGUUAAAAUAAAGAAAAAGAAUGAUUUUGUGUUUGUUUGGAAUGGUUAAAAUAUUUAGGCAAAGUGUUUUGGUGUUCAUAUUGAAUAUUAAAUAUAUAUUUUAUGCCAAUUAAUAAAUUAACUUCAUCUCUUCAGUAAAAUUUGUGCAAUAGUUGAGAUUUUGAGUAGGGUAGGCAAUGCAAUGAAAACAAACUUCAAAUUAUAAUUUCAUCAUAUGAUGUGUUAAAAUUAGCAAUAUACUGUUUAAGGUCAUAUUUUGGCUUUUAUUUUGAAUUAAUGGACUUAAUCUUGAGAUAUCGUCUACAUCUAAGAAAUUCAACUGUAAAACACAUAAUUUUUAUCUUGCUGAUUGUUGGCAUAAUGUAAUGAGACAAACUGUGUGCAUGAGACAUUGUUGUGAAUUGAGUUGUUCAGUUACAUGAUGUUCUCUCUUUUGCAAUACAGGCAAUUGGAAUAAUGUAAAAUUAAUUUUCACUUCAGUUGUUGAAAGAUUUCAAGUAGGUUCUUGAAAUCCAGUAUUUAUGUGCUUAGAACUUAAAAAACAAAGGUAACUAUGGAUUAUACCAGUCUAGUCAGUUAUUGAACAUGUCAGUAUUUGUCAUCGUAAAAAAUGAGCGAGGUGUGUGCUAAUAAAAAUGGCAUUUGAGAUUAUUAAUAUUGAAAUUGUGUCUGCAAAGGAAAUUGAAUGUUUUCAGAAGACAUGUUGAUCAGAUUAAGUGCAUGGAUGUGCUUGAGUUCCAAUAGAAUAUUGGUUAAAUAGUAAUAAUAAUAAUAUCUAUAUGUAGCAUGUACAUUAUGUUGUGAUUGUCAGAUUCAUAUAAUUAGUGGAAUAUUAAUUUUCACUGUUCUUGCAAUGGAUUGGUGUUUGUUCAUUGUUGAAAUGCUGGGAGCAUUGAUUACUGACAUGUUUAUUUCCUAAGUGAGUGAUUGCAUGUACUAGACAUACAUAUUUCUUUCUUUUUUUUUAAUGGUUGUUGAGAAUUUGAAAGUACAAGUGUUUAUUUACACAAAAAUGACUGGUUUGUGAACUAUCUCCUUUUCUUUUAACUUGUGCAAUUAGUAGUGGUCUCCUGUAAAAUAUUGCAGACAUUUGUGUGUGUGUGUGUAUAGUGUUUCAGAAUGUAUUGUGAGAGUAAACUUCUUACAAAGUUUGUUUGUUGCUUAUUUUUUAAAUUUAAAACCUGAUUAAUCCUCUUAUGUACUUAUUCCAAUUUCAUUGAAAAAAGUCAACUUAUUUACUUCAUUAUGUAAUAAAAAACAUGGAACAUUACUGAAAAUGAAAUAUUUAA